AUGGCAACCUUAAUAACUAUAUCAUCACCAUCACCCCCAUCAAUGUCUACUAGUGGUAGUAGCGGUAAUAACAAUAACAAUAAUAAUAAUUCAACAACACUAACGAGUAGUGGGUCAAGAUCACAUCUUCAUCCAUCACUCUACAAAAAUACAGAGACUCAUAGUUCAAACAGCCUGUAUUCUCGAGACGACUAUGACGACGACGACGAGUUUUAUGAUGCUCUCGAUACACCCUCUUGGACACCCCCAAUAGGCCACUCUUAUUUACUUGGAUCUGGGUCACCACGAGGUCCAAUCUCAUUGACUCUUAGUAAUGGUUCAAUUAAAACUGGAAAUAAUAAUAAUAAUAAUAAUAAUAAUAAUAAUAAUAAUAAUAAUAAUAAUAAUAAUAAUAAUAGUUUAACAAAUAAUUCUGCUUCAUUGCCAUCUCCUGCUCCUCUUAUUCCGACCGACAACAACAACAACAAUAAUAAUAAUAAUAAUUUAAAACAACAACAAAGUAUUAAUCCACCAAAUGGAGCAAAUGGACCAGCACCAACAUCAACUACGACCGCACCUACCAUCACACAAAGUAAUUCAUCUUCUACUUCAUCGUCGACAUCAUCAUCUGGAGGAAAUUCACCACCUCUUCAACCAUCUCCACUUUCCUCAUCACCACCUAAAGAACGUGUUCUUGGUAAUAGUGGUAAUCUUUUAAAAGAUAGUAAGGAUAAGGAUAAUAAGGAUAAUAACAAGAGUAAAAGAAAUUCAAAGGUUUUAAAUUUAAUUAAAAACAAAAAAGAUGAAUUACAUAAUUUGUUUACUGGUCAAACUAAAGAUAACAAUAAUCAACAACAACAAACGACGAUAUCAAGUAAUAAUAGUACACCAACCAACUCAAUGACACCAUCAUCUACACCACCAUUUGGUGCUACUAAUGGUGGUAGUCUAGAUUCAUUGCCGUCGACCAUUUCAGAUACCGAGUCAUCGACGACACCACCUUCAUCUGUACAUCACCAAGAAGGUAGUAGACUAAAGAAACUCAUCAAACGAAUGAGUACACUCGACAAGGACGACCUUAUUCCUUCACCAUCUUCAUCUCUCUCUUUGGAAAAUGGAGCAACUGCCAAUCCUCCCAAUAAUUGUAACAUAAACAACAACAACAACGAUAAACAUAGAGUUUCGAGAUGGUUAAAGAAUCUUCAUUCAACAACUCCAAAUAUAAAAAAGAAAAAAGAAUUAAAUAAUGGAUACAAGAUGAUACAAUCAGUAAAAGCACAUACUGGAUCUAUAUGGGUUACAUCAUUUAAUAAAAAUGGGACAUUACUAGCUACUGGUGGAUCAGAUACCAUUGCUCGAGUAUGGGAAAUCACUAAACCACAAUCAACCGGUAAUAGUAAUAAUAGUAAUAGUCAAGAAAUUGGUGAAUUAAAUCCACCACCUCUAUCGAUACUCAAAACUGCACCCAAAGUAGUAUUAGAGGGUCAUACAGGUCACAUUUUAGAUAUACAAUGGUUGUCCAACGAUCGAUUAUUGACCUCUUCAAUCGAUACCACCGUUCGUCUAUGGAAUAUAGAAACUGGCGAGUGUUUAAGAACUUUCGAACAUAAUGAUAUAGUUGUUUCAUUAAGUCUUGGCAUUUCACAACAACAUAUAUUCUAUACAGGAACAUUAGAUGGUAUAAUUAGAAAAUGGUCAUUGGUUGAAGCGGAACCAAUGGAUCAAAUGGAGAUUGGAGAAUUUAUUACGACGAUUACAUUAUCGUUUACACCACACCACCUCAUUGUUGGUACACAUCUUGGUAAUGUGUUUAUAUUGAAUCCUGCCGAUUUUGAACUACUAGGUAAAUUCAAUGUCAGUAUGAACCACACUGCUAAAAAGGGAAAGGGUCCAAAGAUUGCAGGGCUGUCUAUUGCCACCUCGAGUGACUCUAACCAUGACCACGACACACUACUCAUCAGCACCAAUGAUUCGUGUAUUCGUCAAUACACACUACGCGAUUUCAAGAGAAUCUGUAAAUACAAAGGUAUGGUUUUGGAAAACUACCAAAUCAAACCAACCGUCUCUCCCGAUAACCAAAGUAUCAUCAUUGGUAGUGAAGAUGGUAAUUGUUAUGUUUGGGAAAACUUUGCUCAUUCUUCGUAUGAUAAUGAUCAUCAUCAUUCAUCGUCUUCCAAAGUGUCAAAACUUACCGUUGAGGGUUGUGAUUAUUUUACAACUCUAAACAAAACUGUUACUACUGCAACCUUUUUACCUUUUUCUUCAUAUCAUAAUAAUAUUAAUAAUAGUAAUGGAAUCAAUAUAAGUAGUAGUAUUUCACCAACCAAUUCAACUUCAUCCAUAUCGACCAACUCCUCCUCCUCUUCCUCCUCAUCAUCCUUGUCACAUUCAUUGGAUAUCGAAUACAGAUAUUUGGUUAUCACUGAUACAACUGGUCAACUUUUAGUUUAUCAUUAUUCAAAAUAA